AUGUCAAAUAAUAAUUGUUCAUCAAAACGUUCAUCACUUGUAAAUAGUGAUCGUCCAGAUUCGGCUACAAAUUCUUCACGUACUUGUUCAUCGGUUGCAUUUUUUCAUGAUAGUGUUACAACAAGUGAAAUUGAUUUACGUUUUACUAUGAUGGAUCCACAAAGACGUGCACGAGCUAUAGCAACAGCUCCACGUCGAAAACGAUAUGAUGAUGACGAUGAUGAUGAUGAUGAUGAGAAAAGAGAUAAUGAACAAAAAACAAGUCGUUUUGGAUUUGUUAAAACACCUGCUGUUCUAAUUCCUCAACAAUCACUAAUGGAACAAACUCAAUCAUUACCACAAACACAGUCAGGCAUAAGUCUUAUUCCAAGUUUUCGUGUUGAUCCACCGGCUCGAGAAGAUAGUGAUGAAUUAGAUUAUCUUUAUAAUAUUAAUUCACGUCGAAAUCGUUGUUUAUCGGGACCUUUACCAUGA